UAGUUGGUUGUCGCUCGAUCGGCUCAUGCAUUUUCACUCUCACCGAACUUUAAAUUGAAACUCCUCGUGGCGAUAAUUCCCAUUUUUAACCGAUUCAAUUUUUUGCAUGCAUAGUCUGGUUGAAUUAUAUAACUGACAUUAAUUUUGUUGAGUCGGAGUCAAGCCUGGGUUCAUUGUUGUUUUACACGAUUGCGAUUUUGUUUGUUUGCUUGUUCGAUCAUCACAACGUUUCAUCAAGUUCAGCCUAAACUUCCUCAAUUAAGAUAAUCUUGACUUAGACAUAAUGGCACUGGAUAAUGACACCGAUGGUCCCAUUGCCAAUGGUUCAGCGUCAAAAAAUGGCGAUCAUGACAGCGAAGCUCAGGUGUUUCUCAAUGGAUUGAUAUCUAGCAUAAUUCCAUCAUUACAGCGUGAAAAUAUGGUAUUUCCGCCACCUGAGGAGUUUGCCAAGAAAGCCCACAUCAAGUCGAUGGACCAAUAUAAAACCAUGUACAAGCAAUCCAUAGAUGACCCUGAAGGCUUCUGGAAAGACAUCGCGAAAGAAUUCCAUUUUGAAGAAUCUCAACCUGAGGGAUCUCCCUUCCUCAAAUGCAAUUUUAAUAUCAAGAAUGGACCAAUUAAUAUUAAAUGGAUGGAAGGUUCUAAGACGAAUAUUUGCUAUAAUGUGUUGGAUCGGAAUGUUAAAGACAAGGGGCUCAAGGAUACCGUUGCUUUCUUCUGGGAAGGAAAUGACCCAAAUGAUGAGAAGCAGAUUACCUAUGGAGAACUUUUGGACGAAGUGUGUAAAUUUGCGAAUGUUCUUAAAGGCUUUGGCGUCUCGAAGGGGGACCGAGUUGCCAUUUACAUGCCUAUGAUUUUGGAAUUGGUAGUAGCAAUGCUUGCUGCUGCAAGACUUGGAGCGAUUCAUUCCAUCGUGUUUGGAGGGUUUUCAGCAGAAUCGCUUUCAGAACGAACGUUGGACGCAAAAGCAAAAGUUAUAGUCACUGCUGAUGGCGUAUGGAGGGGCGACAAAAUAAUCCAUCUCAAGGAAAUUACGGAUAAGGCGUUGGAAAAAUGUGACGAACAAGGUCAUAAAAUUGAGCACUGUAUCGUCGUUCAUCAUUUACCCAGGUUGGCAGUGCACGGCAAAAAUCAGCCAGAACACGAAUCUCCAAAUAAGAGGAAACAGUAUGAUUAUAAGGCACCAUUUAAUGAGGAAAGGGACAAGUGGUACCAUUUGUGCAUGGAGAAAGCGUCUAGCGAUUGCACACCAGAAUGGGUGGACGCAGAGGACCCGUUAUUCAUGUUAUACACAAGUGGCUCCACGGGGAAACCGAAGGGGGUUCUUCAUAGUACUGCUGGCUAUAUGUUGUAUGCAAGUACGACGUUCAAGUAUGUCUUCGAUUACCACAGGAGGUCACCCACAGAUCAAGAUAUUUACUUUUGUACCGCUGACGUAGGGUGGAUUACGGGUCACACUUACGUCGUAUAUGGUCCAUUGGCUAACGGUGCCACCAGUGUGAUCUUUGAAGGGAUUCCAUUUUAUCCUGACAAUUCUCGAUUUUGGGCAAUUGUUGAGAAGUACAAGGUUAACCAAUUUUAUACAGCACCAACGGCUAUACGAUCUCUUAUGAAGUUCGGGGAUAAACUUGUCAAAAAAUAUGAUCGAAGUUCGUUAACCGUUCUUGGAACCGUUGGAGAGCCAAUCAAUCCUGAAGCAUGGCUUUGGUACUAUAAGGUGGUUGGCGACUCGAGACCACCAGUCGUAGAUACCUACUGGCAGACUGAGGGAGGCGGGCACGUUCUGACGCCAAUUCCGGGGGCGACGCCAUUAAAACCAGGAUCUGCUACUUUUCCAUUCUUUGGAGUUUUGCCUGCAAUCGUUGAUGAAAACGGAAAAGAAAUUGAUGGGCCUGGAGAGGGUUACCUUGUUUUCAAAACAGCCUGGCCCGGAAUGAUGAGAUCGGUUUAUAAUGACCAUGAUAGAUUUGAAGCAACAUAUUUUAGCAAGUUUCCGGGAUAUUAUUUUACUGGCGACGGUGCGAAAAGAGAUAAGGACGGAUACUAUUGGAUCACAGGAAGGGUCGAUGAUAUGCUAAAUGUCAGUGGUCAUUUACUAAGCACAGCCCAAGUUGAAUCUGCUUUAAUAGAACAUAAAGCCAUUGCGGAAUCAGCAGUGGUCCCGAUUUUCCACGAUGUUAAAGGUGAAGCGUUGUACUGCUUUGUUACUCUACGUGAUGGUCACGACUUUACCGAACAAUUGCAGGCUGAGCUAAAGCAGAAAGUUCGAGAGAAAAUCGGACCAUUUGCUACCCCAGACGUAAUACAACUUGCUCCGGCCCUCCCGAAGACUAGGUCAGGCAAGAUAAUGAGGCGAAUUUUACGUAAAAUUGCUGCGGGGGAUUCCGAUCUUGGUGACACAAGCACCCUUGCGGACACAUCGGUGAUUCAAAUACUUUUGGAUAACAAACCCGGUGCUAAUAAAUAGAGAAAAAUCAACCACUGUUGUGGACACAUCUGCUGCAAUAACAUCUGUACUAAUUAGUAGACGUAAUGCGUCAAUGUGUGUAGUUAAAAAUCAAAUCCUGCUGUGAACGUAAAUAGUAGUCUUUGAAAUCAUCUGAGAAAAAGCUUGCAUUAUUAGAUACAUUGUCCAGAAAAACUUUCUGUUAUUAAUGAUUGCUCUUAUUCCUUACCAUUUAUUUUUAAAAGUUUGACUUUUCACUAAAAGCAAACUAAUAACAAUUUCAAUUCUUAAGUUGAUGGAAUAUUCUAGACUGACAUAGUGUGUGACAUUUUAUUUUUUCAACGUAGCAGUGUAUAGGUUAAAUGGCUUUAUAGUGCAAAGUAUUGUGGUCAAACAUUGUUGUAGUGUCUACACCUCUCUAAGGUUCAGGGAGAUGCAAGCCUUAUCGAAGCAUAUCAAAUUAAUGUACCUCCUUCAAUUCAUAUAGAUUACGUGUAUAUAUAUCAACAAAAUUAUCAGUAUCAUUAUUAAUCGUACCUUGUAAAACUAAAACCUACAAAAAUAAAGACAUAAAUAGAAAUA